CUAGAAUAUUUUGGAGUGUUGUUCGGAACAAAGAUCCGAAAAACCAAUUCCAAAGAUCUGAGAGCUGAAUAAAAUAAAAUUGUUUUGCUGAGGUCGAGUAAAUUUAUCCCUUCAACCCUUCCUUGUCCAACAGAUGGCGCCACUAGUGACUGAUGAUUACCACUUUUUAAGAUGUUUGAGUGAUGACACUCAUCUCUGGCGCCAAAGAUUCAACUCUAACUGACGUGAUAUCAAAAAGGCAAUGAAACAAGUAGCCUCAUCCACUUACUUGAUGCAUCCUGCCAUCUGUACCUUGUCCUGCUUCAUUUCGUGGUUCCAAAGCACACGGGCCACAAGGGCUUUCCAACUUUUGGCAAUUCAGAUUCGCUUAUUAGCUACAACCCACUAUCCUCAAGCCAUUUAUAAGCACAGAACCCACAGCAUUUUCUUGCUCAAAGCUAUCCCUUCAAAGUAAAGCCUCCUAUCUUCUUUUCUCCUUCUCUGCCUUUUCUAGCUUACAGUCCUAAGUAGGUUCUUACCAUUCAACAAGAUUACCUUGUGAGAGAAUAGAAUAGAAUAGAAUAGACUAAUACUUAUGGCCUCAAGCUCACUCAGCAAACAAAAGCCUUCUGAUUCUUCUUGGACUCCAAAACAGAACAAGCUGUUUGAAAAGGCACUUGCAAAAUAUGACAAGGAUACCCCUGAUCGGUGGCAGAAUAUAGCCAAAGCAGUUGGUGGUAAAUCGGCCGAGGAAGUUAAGAGACACUAUGAGAUACUCUUGGAGGAUCUCAAACACAUAGAGUCUGGCCAUGUUCCCAUUCCCAACUACAAAUCAAAUGGAAGUAGCUAGCAGCAAUGUCCAUGAAGAAGAGAGGCUUCUGAAGUAUCUUAAGCUGAAGUGGUUUGAAGCAAUGUGUGCGUCAUCAUCAGCAAUUUGCAGCAUAUAAUUAGUGUAUCAUGAAUCUCUAGAAAUAUCUUCCUGUGUGUGUGUCUCUGUCCUGAUUUUCCUACCAUUGUAAUUUAGAUUAGUUUAAUGAACUACCCUAUUCUAGAAACAGUAUCAAAUUGACGAAAUUCCCCAUCCAACUCUCUUUAUGCACUAUGAUUGAAAGCGUUUAGAGGGAAUAUAUCUUAGGGUCCAGCUCAAACCAUUCG